CGUGGGUCAUUACUGGGCUCUGAUGCUUUUGUUUCAUUGGGUUGGGCCCUCUGAAGGUGGUGCUGCUGCCCGAGCCGCUGCAAAUGCACUCACAGGUGUGCAAAGAAAGGGUUUGCCACUGACCUGGGCUUCUGGGACCUUUCUGUCUGCCGGGAAGCAUCUUGAUGUUAAUCCGAAAUACCUCCAGAAGAUUCACCAGGCUGUGGAGGUGAAGUCUGAGAGACCAGCAUGGGAAUCUUAUACUCUGAGCCCAUCUGUCAGGCAGCCUAUCAGAAUGACUUUGGUCAAGUGUGGCGCUGGGUGAGGGAGGACAGCAAGUACAUCAACGUUCAAGAUGGCUUCAAUGGAGACACCCCCCUGAUCUGCGCCUGCCGGCGAGGGCACCUCAAGAUCGUUUCCUUCCUUCUAAGAAGAAAUGCUGAUGUGAACCUCAGAAACCAGAAGGAGAGAACCUGCUUGCAUUAUGCAGUGAAGAAAAAAUUUACCUUCUUUGAUUAUCUGCUCAUUAUCCUCUUAAUGCCUGUCCUGCUUAUUGGAUAUUUCCUCAUGGUGUCCAAGACAAAGCAGAAUGAGGCUCUGGUCCGAAUGCUUCUAGAUGCUGGUGUGGAUGUUAAUGCCGCAGACUGUUAUGGCUGCACCGCGUUACACUACGCCUGCGAAAUGAAAAACCAGACUCUGAUUCCUCUGCUCCUUGAGGUCCAUGCAGACCCCACGAUAAGAAAUAAGCAUGGUGAGAGUUCCCUGGAUAUUGCACGGAGAUUAAAAUUUUCCCAGAUUGAAUUAAUGCUAAGGAAAGCAUCAUAAUCCUUGUGGCCUCGGAUGCAGAAAUAGAAAAAGUUAAAGGACGGGAUUCUGUGUGCAUCUUGGAUUAUUGGUCUGUGGGCCACUCAACUGGAUGCUGCCAUUUUAUGGGGAUAAGGAUUCCUGCCAUGGGUAAUGUUUUUGAAGAGCUCUGUGGUCAUGUUGUUGCUCCAUGAAGCUCCCCAUGGCCCUAAUCCUUCUAGGGGAAACACUAAAGCUGUUGGAUUCUCCACUCCAGUCAAAAGGGCGAUGCUUCAAACUCAGUCUCUCCCAAAGAAGACCAGCUGCCUGCUCUUACAAGAGGCUCCUGUCCGUAUCACGCCCCAGGAGACACUGCCGCUCUCAGGCGCCUUUAAGUAGCAAGGAGAAUGGGAGCACGUACAUUUGCAUAGCACGGCGUGUGUAUGUGUUUGGUUGCAAGAUGCACGUGUAAAUGUUCCUUUGUCAAAACAACUUCAACAAAAGCAUCUACCAAUUGUCAGCAGUGACAGCUUUACAUCACAGAUAUGGACAAGUGCUGAAAUCAAGUUUUCUUUUUUCUUUCUGGAGAACCAGUUACCAGCACACUGCUAAACAUUUGCUGUCAGUUUAC